AUGGAACUUCUACCAGAGGGGCAGAGAAACACCGCGACAGAAGUGGAGUGGUCCGACCAGCAGAAAAUCAACAAGUUUUCAAGGCUCGUCUCCAAACAAGAUAAACUCCAACACACGCUAGUCAAAUACAAGCAAGAGAAGGAAUAUUUGGACGAUUUACAGCUAGAGUUGGAACUACUAGAUGAGGAUGAGCUGAUUCAAUAUAAAGUUGGCGAUUUCUUUCUAUUUAUGCGCGUGAGCGAGGCGCUUGACAAGAUUGAAUCCGAUGAUAAGCUGUUGCUGGGCAAGAUUGAGCUGGUUGAGAACGAGUUGGAGCAAUUCGAGGACGAGUUGGCGCUGUUGAAAAAGGAGUUGUACGCCAAGUUUGGCAAGAAUAUCAACUUGGAGAGGUGA